AUGCCCAUGCCCAAGCAUGGUGCGCUCGCAGAGUUAAUCCAAAAGGACAGGCACGAUUAGCCUUUAAACAGUCAAUUAGCAAAUUGACUAUCACUUUUGUAGCAGAUGGUAUCUGCUCGAUCUCGAUUCCAUUCGUUGGAGUAGGAAUUAGUAUUUGACUAUUUUCGCGGCCCUCGACUCGCCGCGUCGUUGACCUCGAUGUGGGGUGCACGGUCCCCUGUCUGCGAUUUGGCUCCAGAUCCGUACCGCGCUCCAUCGGCCGCGCUCUGCGUUUUGGGCGGCCAAACGCCAUGA